AUGGCGCCGAAUCGCCGUUACGCCAAUUAUCCUGGAGCCAAGGAGUCGAAAAACGUCGCUUAUAUCGUCGAGGAUGACAAGAACCCAGUGAUUAGGGGUUUGCCGGUGGUGAUAGUGUCAACGAUCGUCGCCAAAGUGCCCGCCCUGCAGCGCUACCUCUAUGCAAAUGCCGGCUUCGGCAAGGUGAAAGACAUUCCUGGUUUGAAUGACGAACUCUGGCGCUUUCAGCCCACUGUUAUCCCACUCGCAGACUCGAGUGACCCGCCUGCAAAGCUGGAAAUUGGGCCGGAGCUGUAUCGCUCGCAACCAGAGCAGUGGUCUGGCAGAUACUACUCCGUCGCCGACUAUCAUGAGGCGUACAAGUCCGGCAAAGUAACGCCUCUUCAGGUCGUCGAGGCGCUGCUGCCACUGAUCAACCGAGAGCACAAGCCAUCAAGCGAGUACUCCAUAGCAUGGCUUGAGGUUCAUAUCGACGAGGUGCUCGCCGCAGCGACAGCUUCAACCGAAAGAUAUGCCGCUGGAAAGCCCCUCGGCAUUCUGGAUGGUGUGCCUGUCGGCGUCAAGUGCGACAUCGACAUGAAGGGCUACGUGACCAGCCUCGCCAUGAAAAUCAACACGGCGUGGCCGUACUUCCAGACACCAGCCACCCAAACCGUGUGGCCAGUAGAGAAGCUCCAGGAGGUCGGUGCCAUUGUCGUCGGCCAGAACAACAUGCACGAGGUGGGAAUGGACACCACCGGCUGCAACCCCACGACAGGAACGCCAGUCAACUGGUUCAACAAGUCGUACUAUCCUGGAGGCUCGUCCUCGGGGGCAGGAUCGGCACUCGGCGCCGGUCUGGUUCCUGUAACUGUCGGGACGGAUGCUGGCGGGAGCACGCGCGUGCCGCCAUGUUAUGCUGGGUGCUACUCGUUCAAGACGUCUCAGAACAGGACAUGUACUAAGAACACAACGAUGACCGUGAUCAGCCCGAUGUGCAGCACAGUGGCUGAUCUCACGAUAGCAUAUCGUCUUAUGGCCCAGCCGAACCCCGACGACCCUAUACAAGGCCUCUUUGCCCCAUCUGUUGCCCCUGACCCGUCGGCCAAGAAGUAUAUCGGUCUGUGCCACGAGUGGAUUGCUCGUUCAAGCCCUGUCGUGCUGGAGGUCUUCAAUAAGGCCAUCGACUACUAUACAACGAAGUUGGGAUACGAAGUCGUUGAUAUUCACAUUCCAUACCUGCGCGAGGGCCAGCUCGCCCAUGGCGCCAUCUGCCUCACUGAGGGCGCUGAUGAAGCUCGGUCUCGAGUACCGCCUGGUACCAAUUUCCUCGACCAGGUGAACUACCCGAACAAGGUAAUGUUUGGCGUUGGCUCGCAGGCUUCGGCAGGCGACUAUCUGAAGUUUGGUCAGAUCAGGCAGACGAUAAUGCAGCAUAUCGCGUUUCUCUACGAGAAAUACCCAGGUCUGCUCAUCGUCACGCCGACGAUGCCGCUGCCAGGGUGGAAGAUCGAUCCGGGUGACCUGAAGUACGGAUUCAGCGACGGGAACCGGUCACUCCUGAACAUGUUAUAUGUAUGGCUGUCCAACAUGACUGGCUGUCCCUCUCUUACGGCCCCGAUUGGGUAUGUUGAUCCCGAGCAGGGCGAGGGUAAGCUGCCUAUUGGUAUACUGGCAAUGGGCGAAUGGAACGCUGAAGAACAGUUACUGGUUUGGGCCGGUGAGGCUGAGAAGUAUCUCAACGAGGUGUAUCCAGGCGGUAGGCUCAAGCCCAAAGGGUGGGUGGAUGUUUUGGGGCUGGCUCAGGGGCAGAAUGGCAUGGCAAAGGCCAGUAACGGGAUAUCAAGCUGA